CGUAAUUGAACAGAAAAAAAAGGAACAGGUGAUAUUACUCUCAAAAAAACCACUAUGCUCUUUUUAUUUUUUAAUUUAACAUUUCCCGUGUAUUUAUUCUUCCAAAUCUUGAAUAGGUGGACGACGAUGGGGAUAUAUUUACGCGUACGAGGAGACUGCAGCCGUGAUUUAAAAAUCGUUUAUAUGGCACCGUUCCAAACGGCUACAAGGGCUUAAAAUAGUAUCUCGCUGUGAAAUCGGGGGAUAGAGUGUUCUAUAUACCGUUAAACUAAGAUCUGCGUGUAUGCAGAGAAGAGGCUGGGUGUUGAGAAGAAUCAAGUUUGAGGAUUCAGUGUUCACCGGCCGGGUUCGCCAAAUAUAUUCAGUGUUACAGGACGAUGGUCAGUACGGGAAAAUAGAAACUGCAGAGAGGGAGAGUUCGUGAUUCAGAAAUCGAAAGAAAUUAUAUAAGUAUAUAUACUUCGGGUAUCCUGUGCUACAGAUGCCAUGCGUUUGGUGCGUGUGUGGGUGAAUUUCAUCGAUGCAUUCGUUCAAUCCUAAAGUGUUGCGACGACUAAUUAUAAAGUUAUCCAAAUGAGUAAUUCAGGAGCAGAAAAAUGGCGUCCCAUGGCAAUUUCAAACCCUUCAACCCGGCUGCGUGCCGCUCGGUCAAUGCCUCAUUGGGUGACCCAACAACAGCAACAGCAGAGACGUCCUGCAGGAGAAGGUCCUCGACUUCCGCCAUCGCCUCCACGAAGUCCUCCGCCAUCUUUAACCGGCGAUUGCGGCGACCCAGAUUACGAGGUCAUUGAAUUUCCGCCCCGGCAUAAUCAGCAAAUUGGUCAAAAUAUCAGAAGUAAGCCCGUUCAAUCGAUCGGCCAAAUUGGAUCAAACGGCAAGCCAUCAGGUGUUCAACGUCUAAAAUGUGCUCUAUGCGGAUCGGAAAAUCUUUUUGCUCGUUGCGAAGAGUGCAGAGAAAAUUACUGCGAAACAUGCGAUGAUAUGAAUCAUAAGCAUCCUAAAAGACGUGGGCACGUCAGGAGAAGAAUUUUUAGCAAAAUUAACGUCAAUAGACCUCCGUUACCACCGAAAGGCGAAGGUCCAGGAUCUCCGCCUGUUCCACCGCCGAGAAGAAACCGCAGAACUACUCAGGUGAAAACCACAUUAAAUCAGGGAUCAUCGGAUGUUUCUUCGAUCGAAAAAUCGUCAAAUUUCCGUCGUGCAAGUACUGGAAAUCCCGCAUCGGUGAUAAACAAUUCAAGACCACUUCCUGCCACUCCAGAAAAUCAACUAAGAAGCGCACAGUCGACACAGUCAUUGGCUGGAAAUAUCGGAGAAGGAUCAAGCAAUGAUAAAAUGUCCACACUUCAGGAACGGUACAGACGAUACCAGGAAGCCAUGAGGGCUCAGGAUGCGAGUAGGCGAAGACACAACCCUUCGGAUAAUUCACUUUCCAGUCGACCUUCCAGUAUAGGAAGUCCACGGGGUCUGAUGACAUCACCACCUCCACCGCCACCUCCACCUAGAGCGAUGAUGCAAUCGACGAGUGUUUGCGAUCUUUCAGCGCCUCAACUUUGGGGCAGCGGGAUGCAGCAGGCUCAAUCUAUGGCACACAUUGGAAUGGGAAGAAUGCCAAUGAUGUGGUAUCCCCCUGGAACGCCUUGGGAUACUUCUUUAGGCGGUUCAACAAUGAGUCUGCAUCAUCCUUCUAUGUGGGGUUACCCCGCUAUGGGAUAUCCUCACCCAUCUCAAAUGCUACAGCCGCAAUAUCCCGGAACUUUAUCGAGAGCUCAUAGUCCAGCUAGAAGUUUAAAAUCAUCAAGAAGGUCGAGAGCGACUUCACCAUCACCGAGUUUAAAAUCCAGGAAGUCCUUAGCUUCACGGUCAAGGUCACGAAGAUCACCAGAGCCACCGUCAGACGCUAGUUCUGAAGACUCGGGGGAAUCAGAUUUCGAUGAUAGAAUGUCCAGAGGAUCAAGAAGUUUAAGAAGAAGUAGUGUCAACAGAAGCAGGCAAAGAUUACAUCCCGAUGACGAAUCCAGUAGAACUUUACCCGCUAGAAAUAGACAGAGUAAAUGGCGUCCAGAGAAAAGAAUCCAGGUGAGUAGAGGGGAUUCUAUAACGUCAUCGCGAAACUUAGACUCGGAUGUGGGUGAUGGAAAAUCAACGCCACAUUAUGAUCAGGAUGAUAGAAGACGGCUUAAGCCGACUUCCAGUUACGAUCAGGGGUUCGAGGAGCAGCCAAGGUCGAGAUAUAACGGGAACGAGAUUAAAGCCAAACACCAGACAAGCACCGAUGAUGAAAAUGUGCACGGAAGAUCAUGGAGCUAUACUCGAGGGAGAGUAAAAACUACUAGUUCGUCAGAGGACUACGUAGAUAGAGGGGAGAGAUCGUCGACCAUGAAAAAUCUGACCGGGAACUUAAGGGCUGAAAGAAAAAUAAAUGAAGUCGAAAAAUCUCGCGAAGUUAGAAGGUCUUCAUUUGAUUCGGAUAGCUUGGAGAAUAAAAUGAGCCCUAGGAUUCAGGAGGUGAAAAUAGAGGAAAAGGAAGAGAAAGAAAAAUUCUUGGAAAAUGAAGCUGAGAGUAAAAAAAUUACCGAUGAACUUAAACAGAAAUCAAACUCUUUGAACGAGGAAUGGUCUUGUGAAUAUUGUACGUUUAUAAACGAGGCUAAAGAACGUGUUUGCACCGUUUGUUACAAAACAAAAUCCAGCGAAUUGCCUGCCACUGAAUCACCUAUUACGAAUUAUUCGAAUUCGACGAUAAACGAAGCCAGUGGCACUUCUAAUUUAGAGAAGAAAAUGAGCACUCUGAAGAUAUCUAACGGCGAAGAAAGCGGGGACAGUGGCUCGGCUAAAAAUAAAGAUGAAAAAAACACGAAGGUUCCGGGUGAUUUGAAAACUGCUGUUUUUACACCCCAAAAAACUUCGACGGCAACAUCCCCAAUGGGGUCUCCUGAACGCGAAAAAAUAUCUCCCCCUCGUUUAAACGAGGCUCGAGAAAACAUUAAAGAAUCAACAGAAUCGAAACACAUUUUGACAACAACAUUUCCGGAACCUACGAGAAAAAUAUCCGAAUCGGAAGAAAAACUGACUUCGAAACAUCCAACUUCCGGUACCGUUACAACCGGCACGUCACCGCCACCCCAGAGUAUAUCAACUCAGACGUACGACUUACUUCCGGUCAGAGGGAACUCGAAUUCGAACAAAAGAUGUUUGUCUCUAUGCGGAACUAAAGGAUCAGUUCAUUGCGGGGACAGUGACUCAGAGGAUGGAAUAAUCAGCUUUGCCAACAGUCCUGACCAUUACCCGCAGAGAUCUGGAAACUCUCUUCAACAAUUCGUUCAGAAACCGGUUCACGCGAGGGAUCAAAUAUGGACCCGCAGGAAUUCAAUCGAUUCUACAACACAACAUUACUAUCACUCUAGGGAACCGAGCCAGUCCAGAUACAUAGAUGCGAUUUCAACAGGAUAUGAUGGCCCCCAGAGUGUCCAAAUGUCGACAUUGACUCGUCAAGGCUUGGAACUCGUUGAUCUUCUGAGGGAAGCCGAACGUCAAGGUUUUUCUACCGAUGAUCUUCAAGUAGCACUUGCACAAGGCGCUAUGAAUCCAAUAGAUUGGCUGAAAACACAAUGGCCCCAUCUCGUUGAAACCGUUCAAGUCCUGGUUGGAACUCAGGGAAAUGAAAAAAACGAAAACAAUGUGGGAAUUAUUUCAGCAAUGGAAGCUAAGGAGGCGCUACGAUUUGCUAAAGGAGAAGUUUGGACGGCUGUAAAUGCCGCGGUUCAACGUCGCCAGCGAAAGUGCGCAGAAAUUAUGGGAAAAGGUACUUUUACCGUGGAAGACGUUGUGAAGGCCUUGAACAAUAACGGGGGUAACGGAGAAGCGGCUCUUUUGGAGCUGCAGAAAAAUCAGUUGAAACCAUUUUUGAUGAGAAUUUGGGGCCCGCCUGUCGGGGUUGAAAACGACGAUGCUGCACCGAUUGGAGAUGCAGUGGGGGCCAUCGGUGUUGUAACGAAGGUUUCCGAAGAUGGUCAGCCAGAAGGUUUGGAAGCGGAUGCCAGGAAACAGGUAACGUCUCCAAUUGUAGAGAAUUUCGUCGCGUUGCAGGAAGACUUUCAGCAACAAUUGUCGGCAUUGAAACAGUUGACUGAUGAUUGGCAAUUGGGCGAGGAAAAGGAAAUAAACCGAAUAACAUUUGAUGAGCAAGCGAUCGUUAAUGCGGAAAAGGUUGAUUUGUUUGGCAGUGUCGACAAUAUGGCCGAUACCGCUCUGAAAAUAGACGAUAAUAUGGUACCGAAAACCGUUCAAGAGAUAGAUUUUGCUAACGAUCGAAGAGAAUGGGCGACUGUGAAAACUCAGCAAAAACAAUCGAUUGAAUUGGAUGAUGGACAGGAUUAUAAACCAAAAGAAUCAAGUAACGAAAAGUGGAUCGCAGAGGAAUUCGGAAAGCAGGAGGCAUCCGUUGACACGAAUAAAGCAAUCGAAGAACCCGAUCAUAGUGAUCAUUUAGCUAGGGAAACGUCUGAUGAUCGAUUAAAUUCCUCAAAUGUGGAGGCAAAUACGAUCAACGGUGGGUUAGAUUCGACGAAUGUGGAGACAACGAAGGACGCUGAAAAUAAAGAAGUCAUCGCUGAAAUUUUUUCUGAAGAAACGGAAAAUCUAUCCGAGGAGCCGGUCGUACGCGAAGAAGAUUUGCUGGUCGAUAGGCAAGAACCCACAAUUUCUGAAGACAUACUAAAAACUGUACCUGAUUCUCUGACAAAGUCGCAAGCGACGUCCCUCCACUUGGUUGCGGUGGAACAGCUUUUAACGGCCGUAAAGUCACUUCCGGAACAAUUAAUCGGUCCUCUGGCAGCUGCGCUGAAUUUACUGUCUCCGCAACACGAGGGGAUUGUUCUUCCAGAGAAUUUGGAAAAUGUUACAAACGUGGAAGAGGAAGAAAUAAGUGCGAUCCACUCCGAGAAGAAGAAACAUUUAGUCGACAAUACUGAAAUUGAGAUGGUCCCCGAGUCCGAUAAAAUGAAAGAAGAAUCUCCAGAGCCGCAACAAGUGCAAAUAAAAUACGCGGACCCGCAAAUAUUGGAGGGAAUAUCCCAAGAGCCGCGACAAAUGGAAUCGAAAUCCUCGGAACAACAGAAAUUGGAAAUAAAAUUCCCAGAGCCGCAAAAAAUAGAAAUAAAAUCCCGAGAGCCGCAAAAGUUGGAGGAAAUAUCCUCAAAGCCGCAAAACCUUGACGAAAAAUUCCGAGAGCCCAGACAAUCUGAUGAGACAUCUUCGAAAUCCCAAACAUUAGAAACCAAAUCUGCCGAGCCACAGCAAGUGAAAGCGGAAUUUCUAGAACUCAGAAAAUCAGAUGAGGCAUCAUCGGAGCCCCAAAGAAUGGAGGAAGUAUCUUUGAAGCCGCAAAAGCUAGAAGAAGAAUUCUCGGAGCCGCAACAAAUUGAAAAAAAAAUCCCGGAUCUCAGAAAAUCAGAAACGAACGUGCCAGAGUCUCAAAAAAUCGAAGCAAAAGUCCUGCUACCUCAAAUAUCAGCAAGUGAAUUUCCAAAGCCUCAAUACCGGACAGAAUCAAAAAUCGUGGAGCCUCAAGUAUCCUCGGUGCCUAUUUCGGAGCAUGUGGAGUCUUCCAUUGCAAAAGUCAAGCUGAAAAAAAUCGAAACAUUUGUCGCUAUAGAAGUUAAACCUACGGCAAGACCUCUAGAGCGCCCUAAUGAAGCGAUGAUAAAAAUUCCAGAUCUGGAAUCCGAAGGAAUAAGAACCGAUGCCUACACUAUUAAAGAAGAUGAGAAAUUUAAAUCGAAUCUUACUUUCAUUCUCAAUUCACCGGUACAGUAUUUGAAAGGAAAUGAAAGAAAUUCGCCGAUUUCAAUCGAGGAUAACUCUUCGUCUUACGAGCCUGAGACAUCAGGGUUUUUUUCAGCGAGCGAAAAUACUACAGAGAGAGACUCUUCAGGUGAAUCUUCAUCUGUUUCUCAUACAGCGAUAAAAAUCGUAGAACAAUUGAAACCCGAUUUUGAAACCCCUGCUACAGUUGAAUCUAGCACAGAGUUAUUAUUAAGCAAAACAAAGAUCAAUCCGCCCAGGGUCAAAUCAGCUACAGUCCAGCUUAUUUUGUCACAAACAAACCCAGAAUCUACUUCGGCAAUGAUCUCGGACGAAACGGAAGUAUCAAAUGAGAAGAAACUACCGAUUUUGGAAUCGACCAUAAUUAACGAGACACAAGCAUUCACUAAGGACUCUCCGGAAAUCGAGAAUUCACCGUCUCCUGAGAAGCUAAGAAUUACAGAAAAUAAAUGGGAAAAUGAAGCGACCGAUCCUGAAACAAUAAAAACUCUUUCUGUAACCACCGAUCUUCAAACUAACGUGGAAACAUUCCCAGUUUUGAACGCCGAGGGAAAUUCUCAUUCUAUUUGCAAUCCUACGAAUGUAGAAAAACCUGAAAUGGUAAGUUCCCCGAAUACCAUCUCUGAAUCAAUUCCCACUUCUUUGGUUUCCGAAACCUCAGUCGAGUGUUUGGAGAAAAUCGAGCCUACAAUUGCGGAAUGUGAAAAAAAUCCAGUGAUCCAGGAUCAGAGACCCUCUCAAACUAUUACAGAUUUAGGAGCUACAACAACCGAGAGUGAUUCCUCUUACAAUUCUUUCGACUCCAUUCCUGAAGCAGAGCAACAAAUCGAAAUGUCGCCAAUCCAUCUAGUAGAGUUCAAAAUCCCAGAAAAAAUUCAUCCGACAGAAAGCGACGAUUCAAAAGUCGAAAACUGUCCCGCAAUCAUCGGAACAACAGUCAAUAAUCUCCAAAAAGCAGAAAGUGAAGAAGUUAGUCCGAUGGUUUCCGGGAAAAGUAUUCUUUUCAAUUCAAAAGAUACCGUGCAUAAAAUAGCAAAAGUUGCAAUAUCUCCUGAAGAGGAAUCUCUCGAAACGUCGCUCACUCAGGCAUCAGAAAUAUCUAAACCUACAUCCACCAACGUCAGAAGUCAACCAAUAAAACGUCAAUCAAGGUCUCCCGUGAAAAGAGUAUCCAGGCGUAGGGCACUGAUCAAAGUUCAAAAAAGAACAGGCGUCGUUAUUCCGAGAAAUUCUUUAAACGCUCCAAAUUAUAAUCGUACACCAAAGAUUAACACAGUCCACAAAGCCGAGGAAACUGAGAAUGAAAUUAUCAGCAACGUCACGAUAGGAUCGGUUUCAAAGGAAACGCAGGUCAAAACAGUUCCAACGACCUUAAGGAAGUCGAAGGGCGUAGUUCCCGUUAAAGAGCCAGAAGCCAAGGGCGCAGAAAAAAAUACCGCCCGGAAUCCGAGCGGUCCGAGAGACUCACUCAAAAAGAUCACUCAAAAAGAUGCACAGAAACCUUCUAGGAUUUUAGACAAGAAAUCUGGACCCCAGAAGCUGGGGCAGAAAAAUUUAGGGACCUUGAAACCGGUGGUGAUGCAGACGGCUACCUCGUUGGAAUCUAAGGGCCCAAUUCCUUCACGAAUUCCGGUUUUGAGCCGCAAACAAAAGGCGGCUACUUUGAUUUCUGCGGUUUUAAAUAAGAAAACACAAAUCCCAUCAACAGUUCAUCCCUGUCCAAGAGUAGAAAAUAUCCCGAAAAAUAAGACUGAGUUAGUAGUAGCUGCGAAAAAUGGCGGAGGAGAGUCAAAAAUGCCUGUGAAAGAGAUCAGGAUGAAUGAUUCGGUAGAAAAGAUCAGACCUCAAUCUGUCGUACCGGAAGUUACGAAGAUCAAAGAGAUCGCUGCAAGUGAAAGACAAGAAACAGUCGAGGCGUCGGUUUCGAUGGUCAUGACGGACGAAGAAUCAGAAGGGUUUGCAGUAUCCGAUGAUGCGGAGAAUUCUGAGGAAAGGUCGGAGGAAUGUGAUGGGUAUAAUUCCAGUUCUCACAAUUUCCCGAAGGAUAACUCAAACGGGCAUUCAAGCUCUUUUUCGGAGUCUGAGGAAUCUCGGAGUUUGGAUGGUCUAAAUUCUGACCUUGAAGAACGAUCAGAAGGUCUUACGGAUGCAGAAUACAUGCUGAAGAAGACUUUGGACGAAAUAAACGCAGAAAUAUCGGAAUACGAUUCAGAAGAUGAUGAAAUUGAAGAAAAUGUAGAAAAUCAUCCGGAAAUGGGGGGUGAAGAAAAACCAGAAAUUGUUGAAGAAGAUAAAAGCUCUGAAAUAAGAAAUACAAAUGUCAAUAUCAAUAUUGGAAAGACUGAGAAGCCGCCUGCUAAAAUCACGAGAAAAUCAGCAAAAUUCGAUGCAAGUUUAUCUAGAGAUAAAAAAAAGCGUUUCUCUUUGGCAGCAAAUCUUAUAAAACAGUUUGAGGGUGAGGCUAAGCAAUCGAUGCUCAAAGAAGCCAAGCCAGAAGUAAUAGACGAAGAUACGGACGCGUUUCAGAAGUCAGGAAAUAAUUCCAAGGACGACAGAGAGAGAGUGGCAAGGAGACUCUUAGCCGAAGGUCGAGCAACAAGUUACGACGAGGCAGAAACUGCUGCAAGUCUUCUGGCCUUGAAUUUCGACGACAAAGAAGCCCUUCACGCCGCAAAAGAGUGCGGAAGCGUCGAAGCCGCCCUUGCAUUUUUGCAGCAGGAAUGCGAGCUAUGUACCGGACGUUUCCCUAUGAGUCAGAUGGUGUCUAUGCUGAAGUGUACUCACCGAUGCUGCAACGAUUGUGCUAAGAACUAUUUCACUAUACAAAUAAGCGAUAGGAGCAUAACGGAUGCAGUGUGCCCCUUUUGUAAAGAGCCCAAUCUUCAGGAAGCCAGUGAAGACGACGUCCUUGAGUACUUUAGUAACUUGGACAUUCAGCUUAAAAACAUGCUAGACGCACCGAUACACGAAUUAUUCCAGAGAAAAUUAAGGGAUAGGACUUUAAUGCAGGAUCCGAACUUCAAAUGGUGUGUUCAGUGCUGCAGUGGUUUUUACGCAAACCCAAAUCAGAAGCGUUUGAUUUGCCCAGAUUGUAGAUCGGUGACUUGUGCAUCGUGCAGACGGCCGUGGGAAAAGCAACACGAGGGUAUAACUUGUGAACAAUUUGCUGAAUGGAAAGAAGAAAAUGAUCCUGAUAAUCAAGCCGCAGGUCUUGCGAAACAUUUAGCUGACAAUGGAAUCGAUUGUCCCAAGUGCAAAUACCGAUACUCUCUCUCCAGAGGAGGGUGCAUGCACUUCACCUGCAGCCAGUGCAAGUACGAGUUUUGCUGCGGGUGCGGUAAGGUGUUCAUGAUGGGUGCCAAGUGCACAAUAAGUCCUUAUUGCGCAAAGUUGGGUCUUCACGCCCAUCAUCCGAGAAAUUGCCUAUUUUAUCUGAGAGAUAAAGAGCCUGCAGAACUCCAGAAGCUUCUCGAUGACAACAAGGUACCUUACGAUACGGAAGGGAUCGUUGGCGAUCGUAAGUGCAAAGUACAACUGCAAAAAGAGACACCGGCUGGAGUCGUCGAUGCUAUAUGCCAAUCAGAUGUCAUAAAAGGACAUGCAGGACUUUGCAGGAAUCACUACGUGGAGUAUCUAGUGCGUUUAAUACGACAUAACUCUUUGGAUCCGCUUCCUUUAUUGACGGAGGAUGAUUUGGAAACAUGCGUAAGAAGGGCGGGUUUGAAGUUACCGGCAAAUUGGCAGCACUUCAUUGAGUACCUCGCCGGUUUGGUACUCAAAACCAAGUUGGACCCCGUCGCUAUCUUUGACUUGAACGAUGCCAAACAAGAGUUGCGCCGACGGGGAAAAGUCCCACCCCCCAAACGACAGGAAAUGUCCGAUCAGGACUAUCUCACCGCGUGCAUACAGGUAGUGCAGAAAGAAAUACCUCUGGAGUAGAAACCAAAAGACGAAAGUUUUUUAAAAUAAAUUUAUUUGUUCGAAAGAAUGUGAAAUCUCAAUAUAAUAUAUGUCGUACAGAAUGGAAGAAAAAGUAUCAGGCAACUGAUGCUUUUGAUUGCAAAGAUUGGAAAAAUAAUUGGAGAAACAAAGGAUUGUAAAAAUACAGAAAUACUUUUAUUUGUCACGAUUAA